AUAAAAUAAAAAAUGUUGAGAUCAAAAAAAAUAAUAUUAUUACUCUCGAUAAUCAUCAUCCUAUUCUUAUUCGUUAUAUUAUUGAGAAAUAUCGGAAUAAAAAAUUUGUAUUUUCUUCCCACCAAUAGCAAUUUAGCAAUGGACCUCGUUAAUUAUAACUAUAUAUUCGAUAGAAAUUUAUCCGAAGAUGAUCCGAUCGUAAUCAAAUUUAUCAAAGAAAAAUUUAUUGUCCAGCCAUCAACCCAUCCGUAUUAUAAUCUUAGCGAUAAUUCUAAGAAAGAUUUUUCGAUGGGGCAAAGUGAAGUAGUUUAUCGAUAUUAUAAGCAAAUGGAAAAAUUAGGUAAAAUCGCCAAUAAUGAAUCGGGCUUUUUCAUAGAAAGCGGAGCUCUAGACGGUGAAACUCGGUCCAACACCCUAUUUUUCGAGAAAGAGUUGGGCUGGACCGGCCUGCUGAUUGAAGCGGAUCCCUUGAAUUUCGAAAAAUUGCUGCAAAAGCAUAGAAAAUCCUUUUCGGUCAACUCGAUUCUUUGCCCCACCCGAGCUAACCCGCGAAUGAUUGAAUUCGUACAAGAUUUUAAUUUGGGCCAAAUCAAAUCUUAUGGUAGUAAAUUUCAUGAAAGUCGGAAUAUGAUUCACAAGCAUACGUCCAAAAAGUUACCGUGUUUUUCGCUCUAUUCGACCCUUCUAGCUAUUGUGGAAAAUGUGAAUCUUUCUAAUUAUGUGCGAGAUGAUAAAAUCCAGGUGGAUUAUUUUUCCUUGGACGUUGAAGGAGCCGAACUAGAAGUUUUGAAGACCAUACCAUUCGACAAGAUAUCCAUAAAAAUAAUGACAGUCGAAUUCUUCCACGUACCCGGAGGAAAAUUGGAACUCGAACAAUUCAUGCUUAAACAAGGUUUUCUUGCUGUCGACACCGUUACCAACCCAGAUAACUUGGCUAACGACAUAGUCUUUGUCAAUAACGAUUACUGGGAUGAAAAUGUGGGGAAAUUAAUUAAUUCGGUUUAGGGAACAUUAUCAAAGCUUAUAUUUUAUCUGAAUGAUAGAGGGUCUCUUAUCGGCAUCAUGUCACUCCAAAAAUAUCGAAUACAAAAAACUUCGCAUGUCACUUAAAAACGACAAACACAUAUAA